UGAGGCGCAGAGUGUGCUUUGAGAAGUGCUUCGGUGUAGAGCACAGAUUCGUCUCAACUCAGUCAGAAAAUGGAUUCAGAGGCAGAGGCCGCUGCAGCUGCGCAGCAGACCGAAUGCACUCGGACGAUGUUGGUGGGCAUAGCCACCGGACCAGCACCAGCGAAAAAGAAUAAGCAUCAUCAUGUGCCGCCCAAGUAUGUGACGAACAGGAAUCCUCGCUAUUUGCCCAAUUUGACGGAGCUGGUUUUGGCCAAGGGGCACAUCGAUGUGGACGGGAUUGUGUUGAGCGCGCUCUCGCCGCUGGAGCAUCGACACGAUUCGGCGGCGGCGCAGAGCUCGCAGGAGACUCGCUGCAUCGUUUUCGAGAUACCGCGCCAGCUGUUCCCAAGGAAUGCGCCGCUGCACAAGAUGACGUACUUGCCGCCGCAGCUGCUGCCAAAGGAUUUCAAUGCUGGCGGCGUUUUUCCGGCCGGCGUGCUGGCCCACAAGUUCUAUCCGAGCGGGCUGCUGCAGCCGCGCCAUUGUGGGCCGACGCCGCCACUGUUCGUGGGCCGCCGCCGCAUGGCGGAGGUUCAGUCUCAGCACCGGAGUCAGCCGUACGCAUGCGCCGCCCUGCUGGGCCUGCCACUCACCAGGAUACCGUCGCCAAUUCCAACGGGCGUGCCCAAUGAUCGCAGCAUCCGGCCUGAACGCCUGCAUCCGGAGAUGUGCGUUGGCUAUAUCAUUGCACAUGCCGAUUCGCUGGCCAAGGUGGAUCGCUUUGCCCAUCACCAGACCCAGUAUCGCAUCUAUGUGCCCGAUCUGAGCACUGUGCCGAUGAUGGUGCACUACCAGACGCGGCUGUGCAUCACCGUGCUCUCCGAUGUCGUCCAUCCGCAUGAGUCGGAGGUCGCCUGCGCUGUGAUGCGUGAGGAGACGCCCAAGUUUCAGUUGCCUCCAGAAUAUUUCUCGCUGCAAUCGGGCAUGAUCAGGCGUGAUCCGGUUUACUUGCCACAGCGCCACCUGCCGCCUGGCUUCGAUGCCGGCUGUGUCUUUGGCCCGGGCACCCUGCCCCCAGCCCUGUUCCGGGAUCUGCUCAGCGAAGCUCCGCCUCAGAUGCAGCGCAACAUUUCGAUCAUGCCGCCGAUCUUUAUUGGCCAGUGGAAGGAGAAGAUGACGCCAGCGAUGUUCAUCUUUCCCAAGCAGAGCUGCAUGAAGAACAUGCUGCCACCGAACACAACGGAUCACCUGGUGGACGAGAUUAGGGUGGUGCGCAACGAGCUAAAGUCAUUGCCCAAGCUCAGCGAGCUCGAGCGGCAUCUCAACUUUCCGGUACGGAGCAGUCGACAGAUCGAACAGCCAGCGGCAGUGGAUGAGGACGCAGAUGACUUCAAGGAGGAAUAUCUAGAGGAGUCCUUGGACGAGCUGGACAAAUACAAAUACGAAGAAGAAGUGACACAGCUGCAAGAACUAACAGACGAGGAUAAUCGCUCGACGACGCCCUUUUAUGAUAGCGAAGAUGACCGGGAAACAACGCCAUUCCAGGAGGAUAUGGAGAAUGAGGAAGAGGAAGAGGAGGAGGUUGAGGAGCUUGAGGAGCUUGAGGAGCUUGAGGAGAUUGAGGAAAUUGAGGAGAUUGAGGAGGUUGAGGAAGUUGAAGAGGUUGAUGAGAUUGAUGAGGUUGAUGAGAUUGAUGAGGUUGAGGAGAUUGAGGAGGUUGAGGAGGAGGAGGAGGUUGAGGAGGAGGAGGAGGAUGAUGAGGAUUAUGAGGAUUAUGAUGAGGAGGAAUCAUAUGGCCUGCUUCCGAAAGGCGGCAUCUGGUUCUUUACGCUCAGCGGCCAGCCGGACGACAUUGCUGAUAUGAUGCACGAUCUAUCCACAGCUGGCAUCACGCUGGCCUCCGACCACUUGGAUCAGCAUGUGCUGCGGCAUGCCCAUCUCCAAUGGCUCGACCUCCAGUUGCGACGCGACGAGAUACGCGAACACAUGGUAGCACACCGUUCCGACCCACAUCCACGCAUUCGCAAGCCUCGUCGCAAACCAAACCCAAUCACUCCAACUCCAGCCUCGCCCCUGCCGAAUCCCGACAAACGGCUUGGCAGAAGGUGCGAAGAGUGCGGCAUGUAUUGCAACUAG